CGGAGAUUACCCAUUUCGGUACCUAGCUAGGAUCAGGUACCCAGUGAAGUACCUAGGUCGGUUUAUUAGCGGCAGUUGAGCCUCAUCAGCCCCCUGUUUCCAGCUAAAGCCACAUCCAAGUUCCAACAUCCAAUAGCUUCCAUGUGACAUGUUGAUUCUCAACGUUCACAAAGACUUAAACAGCUUUGUGCCUGUUUGGUGGACAAUCUCCUCCCCCGACGGCGAGCCGGUCACCUACCAGAGCCUCCAAUCCUCGCUACACUUACAAUGGCACUAAAUCGAAAGUAUGCCGCCCUGCCUGACCUGGACUCGGCACCAGAUAUCUACGAGACGCCAGAAUUGACAGAUGAUAACUCGACCCUUCCUGCAACCACAGUCCGAUCCCCAUCAGACAACGAAUUCGACGACGAAGAUGACGGGGCCGGGAUCUCUCGCACACGGCUACGCAUAGACCAAGCCCGGUCUCGAUUCAUGCCUUCAAAUGUCGAUGCCCGAGAUGUAGACUUCUCCGAUCGCGUCAACGGCAAGCGGAAAUCUUACCGGGCGUCGAGUCGCCGGCAGCGUAUCCUGGAGGACGGGACCGAGGAGUUCGGCGAGCUAACCGACGAGGAAGAUGGAGAAAGCUUGGCACGGAAGCUCGCAAGGUUGAAGCGCGAGGUUGAAGAGGCGAAGGAGGAAUACAGCAGGCAGCAAGCAACCAAGGCGGACGCCGCGGCGACGGCCGACAACCAUGAAGGGGAAAUUGCGUCGCUUAGUCAAGCUCUGGAGGAGAUCUCACAGCUCUCAGCGAGUUCAGUCCCGGGAAUUCGGUCUCGGUCUGCAGGAACCACUGGAUACCCGACUGUCGGAACCGCGGGGCAAUCUCAACACCCAUCGGCCAUCGGAGACAUCGCUACUUACACCGUGACCUACGCGCCUACCUACGAGGAAACCCACGCGCUAGCAAAGGCAGCCGAUUUCGACCGCCGUCUUUUCCUCCUCGAGAAGGCCCUUGGGAUCGGAUCCUCUGCUCUCCCGGGCCUGGACACCAACGGCCUACCGCGCGCCGUGCUGCCCACCUUAGACACUCUGCAGAAGCAGAUCUCGACUCUGUCAGAGGCCUCGACAUCGUCGCUGGACUCGAUCAGCCGGCGAGUGCGCACCCUAGCGCAAGAGGCCGACGCCCUCGAGAAGUCGCGCCGCAACGCCCAGGCGGCCCAGGAGGCGCUCGCCUCGACCGCCGUCGCCGGCGAGGCCGAUGGAUCCGCCGCCGCCGCCGCCGCCCUCGCCGCCGCCCCGCCGGCGGACUCGGACCAGGCCGCCAAGAUCAGCGCGCUGUACGGGACGCUGCCCACCAUCGAGAGCCUCGCCCCGCUGCUGCCGCCGCUCCUCGACCGCCUGAGGUCCCUCCGCGCCAUCCACGCCGACGCCGCGGCCGCGGCGGAGACACUGGGCCGCGUCGAGAGGACUCAGGCCGACAUGGCCGGCGACAUCAAGCAGUGGCGCGACGCCCUCGAGAGGGUCGAGGGGGCGGUGAAGGAGGGAGAAACAGCCAUGACCGGGAACAUGAGCGUCGUCGAGGGCUGGGUGAAGGAGCUGGAGGAGAGGAUGGCCAAACUAGCUUAGAUUUUUGCCGGAUGUUGUCCCGUAGGGAUAUUGAUUGAUACCCGACUAUGAAUAUGACUCGCUCUUAUGAUAAAAAAGGCAAGGGAGCAAUGGCAUGUAUUGUGAAGUAACACACACACGCCAAUCCCCUUCCGCUUCGCGAUCAUCUGCCGUAAGCCUGGCCUUAUUUUGUACCUGGCCCUAC